AUGCAGGAUGCCAGUGCACGACCCCCGCCACGCUGCAACCACCCAGAGCGCCUGCUGCUCACAGAAGAGGAAGAGCAGAGGGUGAGUGUGGUGGCUGAACUUGGCCACACCGGGAGCGCGGCGGUGAACACCAUCUUGGGGGAGAGAUGGAAGUCCUUGUCCACCGAGCAGCAGGCCAAGUACUACCAGGAGGCCGACGCAGCGAGGCGCCGCCAUGAGCAGCAGCACCCCCAGUGGUCCAGCAGCGACAACUACGGCCAGAAGAGGAAGAGGAGGCGUCAGGGGAGCACAGCUCCCAGCAGCUCUGGAGGUAACACAAGACUUCACAGCAUGUGUCCCAUAGGUCCAAAGGUCCCAGAUUGUUAAAACAUUAUUGUUGAACAACAGAGACACACGUUGAAGA